GCGCAGAACGCAGUGAAGGACUAUGGCGAGCCAGCGCUUCCCUACGCCGUUCCACGGGCACGUGGGCCGCGGCGCCUUCAGCGACGUGUACGAGCCCGCGGAGGACACGUUUCUGCUUCUGGACGCGCUCGAGGCAGCAGCUGCCGAGCUGGCGGGAGUGGAAAUAUGCCUAGAAGUAGGGGCAGGGUCUGGUGUAGUAUCUGCAUUCCUAGCCUCUAUGAUAGGUCCUCAGGCUUUGUACAUGUGCACUGAUAUCAACCCUGAGGCAGCAGCUUGUACCCUAGAGACAGCACGCUGUAACAAAGUCCACGUUCAACCAGUUAUUACAGAUUUGGUCAAAGGCUUGCUACCAAGAUUGAAGGAAAAAGUUGAUCUUCUGGUGUUCAAUCCCCCCUAUGUAGUGACUCCACCUGAAGAGGUAGGAAGUCACGGAAUAGAGGCAGCUUGGGCUGGUGGCAGAAAUGGUCGGGAAGUCAUGGACAGGUUUUUCCCCCUGGUUCCAGAUCUCCUUUCACCAAGAGGAUUAUUCUAUUUAGUUACCAUUAAAGAAAACAACCCAGAAGAAAUUUUGAAAAUAAUGAAGACAAAAGGUCUGCAAGGAACCACUGCACUUUCCAGACAAGCAGGCCAAGAAACUCUUUCAGUCCUCAAGUUCACCAAGUCCUAGCAUACAGUGUGUGCCCAGAGCUACUGGAAACUGAAUGCAUUUAGCAUAUCUUGAAACUGAAGUCAUUCAUUAGGUAACAAGGAAUUUUAUCAGAAAUUUGUCAUUAAAAAAAGGCAGGAAGGUGGAACAUUCCCUUCCAGUCAGGCCUAUAUAAUUAUUUGCAAAAGUACAGGUAAAUAUGUGUAUUAUAUUUAUAAUUUGCAUUUUAAAUAUAAAAGUUAUGUAUGAAAUAUUUAUUUCACCAUUAUUUGGUAAGGCAAUGGAAUUUAUCUGGCAAAUGUCUUUUUUUUCAUACUAGUCCAUAAAGGCAGUUUACUUUCAGAUGGCAGGGCCAGUGACACACCUUCAUUGUUGUAUCUCUGGUGUAUAUCAGUUCUCCAACUCUAUGUCAUAAUUCAGUUCAUGGGGCUCUUGAUUACCUUUCCCUUCCACAAAAUAUUACACUAAUUCAUUAUAUUGAUGACAUUAUGCUGAUUUGACCUAGUGAGCAAGAAGUAGAAACUACACUAGACUUAGUGGAAAGACAUUUGCAUCAGAGGGUAAGAAAUAAAUAUGACUGCAUUUCAGGGAUCCUCUACCUUAGUGAAAUUGGUAGGGAUACAGUGACAUGGGGCAUGUUGGGAUAUUUCUUCUAAGGUGAAGGAUAAGUACUUGCAUCUUGCUGCUCUUACAACCCAGAAAGAGGCACAAUACUUAGUGGGCCUCUUUGGGUUUUGGAGGCAACAUUUUCCAAUUUCAUUAAGUUACUUCAGCCCAUUUACCAAUUGACUCAAAAAGCUGCUAGUUUUGAGUAGGGCCCAGAACAAGAAAAGUCUCUGUAACGGGUCCAGGCUGCUGUUAAAGCUGCUCCGCCACUUGGGUCUUAUGAUCCAGCAGAUCCAGUGGUGUUUAAGUGGCAGUGGCAGAUAGGGAUGCUGUUUGAAGCUUCUGGCAGGUCCCUGUAGGUGAAUCUUGGUUUAGGAUUUUAGAGCAAAGUCCUGCCAUCACCAACAAAUAGCUAGUCUCUUUCUGAGAAACAGCUCUUGGCCUGCUACUGGGCCUUAGUAGAGACGGAUACUUCUUGAGCCACCAAGUUACCAUGCAACCUGAGCUGCCUGUCAUGAACUGGAUGUUAUCUGAGCCACCAACGCACAAAGUUGGAUAUGCCCAGCAACACUCCGUCAUCAGAUGGAAAUGGUAUACACGUGAUUGGGCCUGAGCAGGCCCUGAAGGCACAAGGAAGUUACAUGAAGAAGUAGGCCAAAUUUCCAUAGUCCCCGCUUCUGCUACCUGCCUUCUCUCUUCCAGCCUGCAUCUGUGGCUUCAUGGGGACUUCCCUACGACCAGCUGACAGAGAAAGAGAAGACUUAGGCCUGGUUUACAGAGGCUUCUAUAUGAUAUGCAGGUACCACCCAAAAGUGGACAGCUGCAGCACUCAGCUCACCUCUGGGCUACCUUGAAGGACAGUGGUGAAGGGAAAUCCUCCCAGUGGAAAGAACUUUGAGCAGUCCCCCUUGUUGACUUUGCUUAGAAGGAAAAAUGGCCAGAUAUUCAAUUAUAUGCUAAUUCGUAGGCUAUGGCCAGUGGUUUGGCAGGAUGAUCAGGGAGUUCAACAUAACUGGAAAAUUGGUGACAAAGAAAUUUGGAGAUGAAGUAUAUGGAUAGACACUGAAUGGGCAAAAAGGGCGAAGAUAUUUGUGCCCCAUGUGAAUGCUCACCAAAGGGUUAGAAAGAAGGAUUUUAAUAAAGUAGACAAGAUAACCUGUUCUAUGGAUACUAGUAGGCCUCUUUCUCCAGCCACCCCUGUCAUCACCCAAUUGUUUCAUGAACAAAGUAGCCAUGGUAACAAGAAUAGAGAUUAUGCAUGGGCUCAGCAACGUGGACUUCUACUCACCAAGGCUGACCUGGCCAAGGCUAUCUCUGAGUGCCCAGUCUGCCAGCAGCAGAGACCAACACUGAGCCCCUGAUAUGACACCAUUUCCCAGAGUCAGCAGUCAGCUGCCUAGUGGCAGGUUAAUUACAUUGAUCCACCUCCAUCGUUGAAGGGAUAGUGUUUUGUCCAUACUGAAAUAGAUCUUACUCUGGAUACAGAUUUGCUUUCCCUUCGCGCAGUCCUUCUACUAAAACUGCCAUCCAUGGACUUACAGAAUCUCUCAUCUAUGACCAUGGUAUUCCACACAGCAUUACAAGGAACUCAGUUCACAGCAAAAGUGUGGCAGUGGGCCCAUGCUCAUGGAAUUUUCUUACAAUGUUCCCUACUAUCCUGAAUCAACUGGCUACAUAGAGCAGUGGAAUGGUAUUUUGAAGACAGUAAUAGCACCAGCUAUACAGCAGUGCCUUGUAGGGCUGGGACAAGGUUCUGUGGAAGGCUGUCUACUCUCUGAGUCAGCAUCCAGUAUAUGGUGCAUUUCUCUUAUGACUGGGAUUCACAGGUCCAGGAAUCAAGGGGUCAAAAUAGGAGGGACACUGUUCGCUAUUAGCCCUAGUGACCCACUAGCAAAAUUUUUGCUUCCUGUUGUCAUGACUUACGCUCUGCUGGCCUAGAGGUCUUCCACAGGGUGGCAUGUUUUCCAUUGAGAGGUACAAUCAUGAUUUAAUUGAACUGGAAGUUGAAGACUGCUCCUCCGCCACUUCGGGCUUCUCAUGCCUCUAAUUCAAUAGACAAAUGAGUUACAGUGCUGGCUGGGUGAUUGUUCCCGACUACCAAGUAGAAACUGGACUACCUCCAAAUGGUGGUAAGGAAAAGUAUGUUGGGAAUAUGUGAGAUUCCUUAGGGCUUCUCUUAGUGUUACCAUGCCCUGUGAUUAAGGUCAGUGGAAAACUACAACUUAAUUCAGACAGGACCACUAAUGACCCAGACCUUUCAGGAAUAAAGGUUUGGGUCACCACCAGGUAAGUACCAUGACCAGAUGAAGUGCUUGCUGAAGGCAAAGGGAAUGCAGAAUAAGUGGUGGAAGAAAUACUGACUUUGAUCAUAUGACCAGUUACAGAAACACAGACUGCAAUUGUCAUAAGUAUGUCCUCCAUAUUUUGCUAUGACUCCAUUUUGUGUGUGUGUAGCUUGCUUUCUUCUCAUUUCCUUAUUCUGUGACAUAAGAUGCAUUGAUUUUAUUAUAGUGAUGUAUUAUAGAUUUAUUAUAGAUGCAUUGUUUAAAUAUAGUGUUUAAAUAUUGUUAAUUUUUUAAACUGGCUCCAUUGUUCAACCUUGAUUAAUUUUACAUCAUGGUAUUUAAGUUAUGGGAUAUCAAGGAGAGAGUAAACAUCACAUGAAGACUUUACCUCCUCUUCUGGGAAAUGGGUUAGUGUGUUUCUGGUAGAAUGCUCAAUUGUUAAUCGUGUUAGAUGGAAUUAUGACCUUGCUGUUGUGUUUAUGUGGCAGUUAAGUAUGGUUUAAGGAGAUGCGUAUGGGUGCCAAGUUGACAAGGGUAAACUUGCGAUGGUUAAUUUUAUAUGUCAACUUGAAUAGGCCACAGGGUCCCAGGUAUCUGUUUAAACAUUAUUCUGGAGUGUCUUGAGCGUGUUUACAGAGGAGAUUCACAUUUGAAUUGGGGGAUUCAGUAAAGGAGAUGGCCAUCCCCAAGGUGGGUGGACAUCAUCCAAUUUGUUGAGGAUGUAAAUAAAAGGCUGAGGAAGGAAGAAUUCACCCCCCCUUUUUUUUCCUGCCUCAUUGUUUGAGCUGUGACAUCUCAUCUUCUCCUGUCCUCAGAUGGAUUUACAUCACUGACUCCCCUGGUUCUCACGCCUUUGGACUCAGACUGAAUUAUACCACAGGCCUUCCUGGGUCUCCAGCUUUAUAGAUGACAGAUCAUGGGACCUCUUAGCCUCCAUAAUCAUGUAAGCCAUUUUCUUGUAGUAUUGAUAAAAGAUAUAUUAGACCAAUCUAUAAAACAGAUAGCUAUGAAAGAAAAGGGAGACGGGCACAUGCCUAGGCAAAUAGGGAAGGGUCCCUGAAGAACCUCUGACUUGCCCAGGUCAUUGUGCACAGAUGGCUUGCCUGAACAUGCCCACUGUGAAAAAUUCCAUUUCUCAACACAUGUGCAGUAAGGGAAAUAAAUCAAUGUAGCUUAGACCAAGCGCCCGUACAUGGGGUGGAGCCACGCGGAGUUUGCGCCUUAUGCAGGGGAGAAGCCAUGCGCCUUCAGCUCGUGUGUGGUGGCCUGGCAUUCAAUUUGUGAGGCGGAAAACCUGCAUGAAGGACCCCUCCUUUUGUGGAGAGCUUUGCUUUCGCUUAAUAAAUUCUGCCCUCCUUGCCUUUCAGUGUA